CUCUUUCAGUUUGUUUGAAUCCACUUUUCAUGACUUGACGUAAUAUCCCACCGAAACAAUAACGACAACGCGACGAAAACGACAAAAUCAUCCAAGGACCACAAUCAUACUCCAAUACUGCUAUUCUCAAUAUACAUACCAGCGAAAUAGAAUCGCACUAAAACUGAGGCUAUGGAAAAAUGAAUCCAGACGGGAAGAGAAACGUUACCUUCGACGAAGGACCGGACGAUAUUUUCUUCUCGAUGCCAAUUGAAAGCCCUGCGAAGCAGUCGAGGAGAAGUCGUUGUCGCAGGUGCCGAUAUACCACUGAUCCAUUUUGGUAUACGCAACGAGAGCUCGAACAAUUUCGCAUGGAGUCCGAAGACGACAGAAGCUUCAAAAGAUGGAUACAAAAACAAAACCUCAAAAACCGAAUCGAGGUCGCGUGGAGAUCAUCAACAAUCCACAAAAGAACCAAAGGCCAUAGAAAAUACCGCAGUCAGCGUGGGCCGAAACAGAAAUUGGCGUUCCGACACAAAGAGCAAAACAUCAUGUCGAAAGACGAGCGAAUCCGCCGUGCCAACCAGCAAUCACCAAGAACAUCGAUGCCGGCCCCCAUUUAUUGAUGUCUUUUUUUAAAAUAUUCGGCCCCAUCUCUCUUCUUUCCUUUUACGACAAUAAGCUCACAACUAAACUCGAAAGUCGCUUCAUUCUCAUUGUUUACAUUACUAAGGUACACAUAUUAUUAUUGUUAUUUUUUUCCUGUCAGCCUGCAUUGCGAGGGAAUUUUUUUUUCUCGAACAACAAGGAGACAGCGUGUGGGAGGAAAAUAAUUUUCACCGAGAUAGUUUCAGAGAUGUUUGAUGUCUAUUGCGCAAGUAGGAAGCACAGUGCCGCUGCUCCAAUCGCGACCGUUGCAAGCACGCCGCUUUGCUUCGAGGCAGCGCCGGAGGUUGGAGCCCUCGUGGGUGGAAUGUACGUUGCCCUGGUGGGUUUGAGCGUCGGCGUGUUCUCGUUGGUGGGCUCGCUCUCCUUGGUCGGCGCGAUGGUAGGAGCGACGGUGGGAACCGGCUCCGCGGUGGGUUGGGGAGAAACUGUCGGCGAGCCGCCGGUUUCCACGGGUCGCCCGGUGACCACAACGAGGCUCUCCCCCUGCACGCAGUCUUCUUUUUCACCGGAAAUCAUCAGGGGGGCAUCGGUGGUGACGGUAACAUUGGGUUCCUGGGAGAGGCAGACGGAUUCGGUGGUGACCAGAACAUCCUCGCAGCUCGAAGUCUCGAUGGUCGCGUUCCCGCGGGCCUUGCUGUCGGCCGGGUCCGAGAUCGAUCCCGCGAUCUUGCAGGAAGAGCCGUCGUUGCACGACAGGGUCGUAACGUCACCGUCCACGGAGAGCUUCGAGUUGUCCCUCGCAACGGUGAUGACCCGGCUGCCUGCCUUUGCCCCGCUGGUUCCCGUGACCUCUAGGUUCACCUCGGAGCCCGAGAAAACCCCGACGGCCAGGUCUUUGUCCUGCUCGACGCCAAAGAUGGCGUUGACCGAGGCUCCCGUGGAGGCCGUCAUGGAUUGAAAGUUGGUAAACCCCUCCUUGAUCUGAACCGAUUGCGAGCAGCACACGUCUACGGACUCGAGUUUGUCGGACGGGAACUGAAUCAGUACGCCCGCGUUUUCGGCGACGGCCGCGAUCUCUGGGAUGAACUUGAAAUAGAUUUGCUUGUUGACCUCGUCGUAGCCGGUUUCGACCAGGUCCUGGGGUUCGGUUAGGAUUUUGACCUUCGUUUCGCCGGGAUCCGCCGGUUCGAUCGUGUACAUGGUCUUUGGGACCGUGAUGUCGCCGAUGCAGAUCGACGGCAGGACCACCCCCACCGGAUCGGUAGCAUCGUAGUCGAAGGCGAUCUGUCGGAACUCGGCGCUGGCGUUGUCUGCCGACGACAAGAGGGCCACAACGGCGGCCGCGAACGCGGCUCUGGAUGUGUUGGUAGCGGUCAUUGUAGUUGGAGAGACGUUCUUGUCUGUAGUGUUUCUGUGUUUUCGUAUGGAUUGGGGAAGCAAACCGCUUGCCCGGAACGAGUUUAUUCUUUCAACCCUUUCGAUCGAGUGGUGGUGUGUGUCACGGAAAACGGCAGGAGGAAGCGGCGUCGGGAACGGUAUGCAGGAAUAAAUCCGAAACCGAGAAACCGGACACCGAUCCGUUCUUCUGGCGAGCGAGAUGUUUGGGGGCAAACCGAAUUUUAGCGAUGCCGCAUGCCGUGCGCAUGCCAGCUCGCGCAUGCGCUGGGGGGAAACCGGACGUACGGUACGGUACCUCUCUUCGAUUUUUGGUUCGUGCCUGCGCAAGAGCUCUGCGGGGAUCGAUCAAAAGCAGUCGAGGGAGUCGAGUUAUCGUGCGUACUCUAGUCACGUGUCACUCGUACGAUCUAAUGUUUUGUAUUCUAGAUACGAGUCGUACGGUAGCAUGGUUGAGUACUACUGGUACGAACUUUGUGUGAGCCUAAAUGUACGGUAAUCUUGAGAUCACCGUCACGGAAUCAAUCAUUCAAUCAUUC